GGAGGGUGUGCAUGGGUGUGUGUGUGUGUGUGUGUGCGCGCAUGUGUGUGUUUGUGUGUGUGUGCAGGUGCGAGUGUUGGCCGUGCAGCUCAGACGGCAGUCGGCACUCAGACAGUCAGCCAGGAGAACAGCAGAUCAGAGCUCUAUGAGGGGGCCCUGACUGCUAACAAUGGAGCCAAAGCACAGAGGGGCUGCCCUCAGAUGAAAUACAACAGCCAAAGAAUAACGGAUGACUAAGCAAGAAAUAUAAAACUAAAAAAAAAAGACAGAAGAAUGGUUGCAGAAGAAGUGAUCAUCACCUUGUCCGGCGGGGCGCCAUGGGGGUUUCGUCUGCAGGGAGGCGUGGAGCAUCAGAAGCCGCUCCAAGUGGCUAAGGUGCGUAAACGUAGCAAGGCAUGUCGGGCUGGGCUGCGGGAGGCGGAUGAGCUGGUAUCUAUCAAUGAACAGCCAUGUGGAUCCCUUUCCCAUGCCCAGGCCAUGAACCUCAUUGACAGCUCUCCUGGGAUAUUAAACAUCAGAGUCAAAAGGGCACCUGCUGCUUUUCAGUCUGUUGUUCUUGUCACCCGUGCCCCAUCUCCACGGAUAGACAAAGAGUACCGUGCUGCUCUAAAAGCCAUGUCACCAACCCACCACGCGCCUGUCCGUGAGGUCCACCGUAGCCGCUCUUCCUUGACCAGUGGAUUGACUUCCCCACCUGGCAGUGAAGCUUAUUAUGGCGAGACUGACAGUGACGCCGAUGUGGCGGGUUACGAGAGGCAGCGACGCCAGAAACGUCGAAGCCCCAGCAACUCCAACUCAGGAAAGCCAGCUGUAAGGACAGCCCCUGAAGGAGGGGAGACGUCAGAGAUGAGUGGCUACGAUAGUGCUCCAGAUGCACAGGCUUUUCCAUGUUCCUUGGAUGGACAUGGAGGAAAUGGAGAUGAAGGAGGGAGUCUACCAGGGGUCACAAGAAAAGAGGUUGUUUACAAACCACCAGGUCCAGGAAUGUGGUCCUCCCAGACGUCCACUGAAACGUCCUCCAUAAUCUCCUCAGCAGAUGACCAAGGGCCACGGGAUGGAGGACAAGAGGAAGACAGUGGAUUUCUAGAACCAGCCAAUGUGCCACUGGUGUCCCCUGAGAGGGCAAAGGAGGCUCUGUUGUUGGGUUCUCGCAGCCAGCUUGUGCCCAUGGUGGGUCCUGUUAAUAAGCCCAUCGAUGAGGAACUCACAACAACGUACAUGUUAAAAGCCAAGCAAGCUAAACUGAAUCGAGGGGACACACUUCAGGACAAGCAAGUAAAGGAGGCCAAAAGCAAGUGUCGAACGAUUGCAUCUUUGCUGACAGAUGCUCCAAACCCCCACUCCAAGGGAGUGUUGAUGUUCAAGAAAAGACGGCAACGGUCGAAGAAAUACACCCUUACAAGCUUUGGUAGUGUUGAUGAGGACAGGUUUCAGGACUCACAAGAGGACGAUGGGGUAUUUCCUGGCAGUGAAUCCGAGUUUGAUGAGGAGGGCUUCUCUGGAGCUCCAGACCCAACCUGGGAUAGCGACUACCUGGAUAAGCUGGAAAAGAGGGCAACGGCAGGCACAGAGGGUCGUGAAGAUAGCGCAGAAAACACUUUGAAUCCUGGAUUGAGUGACACUGUAGGAAAGGGUGCCCAGUUGUUUGAGCAGCAGAGAAAAAGGGUGGACGAACUUGCAAAUAAGCGGGAUGCAGCACAGCCUCAUGGCCCCCCGGAAUCCAAAGUACAAGAGCAUUGUCAGAUGUACCCAUCAAAUCUUGAAGUACCUGCCCAAGUGCAACUUACGCAAAGACUUCAACAGUCACCACCAGGCCCUACACCCAUGCAGGCAAUUCACUCUCCAACUGAAGCUAAAAUUGUUGAUUCACCCCAUGCAGUGCCUCAUUGGGACCUACCCCCCUCUGCAGUGAGUGCAGUUAGCAUGGUGAUGGAGUCCCCUCCUGCGGCGUCUAAGCUGGCCACAGCCUCAGUGACGGUUCUGAGCAGCUCUACACCCCCUGCUGAAACACCAGUAUCUGAACUGCCUGCAAGCAAUGUUCUAAACAGAACAGCACGUCCUUUUACCCCUGGCUUCAUCAGCGUUCGAGCAGCAACUGCUCCCGUAACAUUUCGACCAGCUGUCACAAAGAAGACACAGCGACCUGCUUCAGCAGCUGUUGUAGCCCCACCAUUCUCCACUGCCCCAGUUUUAGGCAAUAAUGCAUCACCUGUAACUUCACAGCUACCCCUUGGUCCCCCACCGGUGGCGCCCCCACCUUACUCCUUUCCUAAAGCUUCCCUGCCCCUGACACCGGAAGCUCCUGCUACUGUUUCCACUCCUGCUUUCUCUGCCCCUAUUGUAACAAUGCAGUCAUCACCAGUAUCAACUAGUGUUCAUCAGGCUUCCUUUUCAACUAUGACCCCAAUGUCUAUGCCUCCAGUGCCUAGACCCCCACAAACAGCAUCAGUCCCUGGUCCUCCUUUAUCCCAAAUGUUUGGCUCCGCUGACCAAUUUGUUUCAGUGCCUCCACUUCAAGUGCCAGUGAGUCAGCCACUAGUACCUGCGAUUUCCACUCCACCUGUAACCCAAGUGACAGUAGUCACACAGCCUGAAGUUAUUGCCCCAACCCCUGUUCCUGGUCCAACAAAUCGCACAGGAAUCUUACUUGAAGCGCGACGCCGUAGUGGCAAACCUAAACCUAUGUUCAAUGUACCAGAUGUGAAAAAGAAAUCUCCAAAUCCUGAAUUGUUAUCAAUGGUGCAGAACCUAGAUGAAAGGUCCACCAGACACAAGUAUGGCCAAGUAACCUUUGAAGAUGCCUAUGAAGGUGCAGAAGAGGAGAGGGGUGAUGAUGCUGGCACAGGAAGGGUGCCACCCCCAGUUGCACCUAAACCUCGGGUCAUCCAAGAGACCCCACAGAUUCUUCAAGCAGGGGGCAAGGGGGCUCAGUUGUUUGCCAAACGACAGAGUCGCAUGGGAAUGUAUGUAGUCGACACGCCACCAGAGACCCCUUACCAGCAGGACAUAGCCAUGCAAAAUGCAGCUCAACAGUUUGACUCCUCUAUCAAUACUUCUUGUCCCUCUCAGUGGAAAUACUCCCCAAAUGUGCGUGCACCUCCACCUAUUGGAUACAACCCACUGAUUACCCCGUCUCUCCCCACAGGGCCUCAGAAGGACACAGGCAUCCAAGCCAACAAGGCUAGAGGAGGUUUCCAAAAGGAAGGCAUCAAGGCAGUAGAUGUCUUAAAAAGGCAGCCCUAUCAGCUCAACUCUGCCAUGUUCCAGUAUGGGGGCAGUGCCGCCAAUCUUUCAGCUAUGCCUUCAUACCAAACCCAGCAGAAUAACUACACGACAACAAUGGUGGGCAGCUCAUUGACCUCGCCUCGGCAAAUACCCCUCAAAACAGCCCGUGUCUAUGAAAUCAAGCGUUUCUCUACACCCACACCCAUGUCAGCGCCUUCGCUUGCACCAAAAGUCAUUGCACCUCGCUCAGCUACUGCUCUUGGAGAACGUUUGACUCGUUCAGCCAUGACCUCCCCACCUCCUGCUCCCUUUACUCCAGCUUCAGCUCCACGUGAGUCAGUCAGUAUUUCAAAACCAGUUUUAACUUCCUCCCAGCCAGCGCAGCUCCCCAACCUGCCCAAGUUCUCUGCCACCCCUAUUCCAAACACUUUACCCCCUCCAGUCCCAACACCUUACACUCCAGCAUCAUAUACCAGUGGGCUGCAGACAGCCAAGCAGUUUCAGAGCGCACCUGAACUCAGCAUUCUUGCAUCUCUGCCCCCACUGAAGACCAACGUGGUUCAGGCCCCCAAACCACGUUUUGUUGCCACAAGGGGCGGUGCCCAGCCCCAUGUCUGGAGACCAGGAGCCUUUUGAAAAGCAACACAACUAUGGGGUUAGUUGCUUAUCAACAUGAAAUCUAUAACUACCAACUGUUCGAAUUGCUUCCUUGUUUAGCGAAAGCAAAAGUGAUCAUUAUAAUUUGUAUUAAAAAACAUAAGGAUUUUGAGUAUUUCAAUUUGGAAAUUAUUUUACUAUAUUUUUUUCUAAAAUGAAAAACAAAGCUAUUAAAAAAGUGAAUUUCUUAUCUGGUUAGGUGAUAUGUUACCAUAAGAAACUGUUAUUGUUUCAUAAUGAAGAUCAAAACAAUGCAUAACAUUGACAAACACCUUCUUGUGUUCAAAAUGCUGGAUAUGACACUUAACUGUUUGUCAUUGGGUAUAAUAGUGCCCUGGGCGUGGUCUAGGUUAGGCUAUCGGAGAGGUACAUUGCUCAUUUAGAGCAAAAAGGAGCCUGAAACUCCCUGUAACCUCUGAGAAAUACUAACUUUUUUACACAGGUCACAUUACAGUAAGUAAGCACAAUUAAGGUCAUACUUGCCGCUUAUUUAGAGGCCAUUGAGGCACAUCAAACUCUCGUUUUUCAAUGUGACUGUUUGCAGAUAUAUGUACAUUGCUAAAUGUUAUUAAACAAAUACUGCCUAUAAAGGAUGUGUAUUUUAUUCUUAUUCUAUCUUAAAGGAAUUAACGGAAAGUUGAUGGCACUUCGAUUUUGUAAAGGGCUCAUAGAAAGAGAGUGGCUGUGACGAGAAGACAAUAUGUAAUGGAGCCUCGGAUAGAUCAUUGCCCGCUUCCCUGAAACGGACACGAUGACAUUUUCUAAAAUUAAGGCUUCUGAUUCAUUACAUGCAGUUUAAAAUCUCACAGCCUGUAGAUGUAUACAGAAUGGCCAGGGAAGUAUGUUUAGGAAAAUUUGUGGUGAAGCUCAAGAUGCGGAUGGAAAGAAGAUAGAGGUUUUAUUACUAUCUCCUACCACAGGUGUUGCAACAAAAACCUGAAAUGCAACGUUAAUGUACCUUGAGACAGGUGUUUUGAUGGAAACAAGUAAGGAAUCAAUAAAAUAAUUUUGUUGUUAAUUUUUUUAAACUUGUUAAAAUACAAUUUUUAAUGAAAGCUUGCAUUCAUGAUACAAUGGCUUAAGAAACUCAGAACUGUGCAUAGAGCUAUGUUGAGGUGUAAAAUAUGUUAUCCGAGCAUCUGGGCUGUUAGAACAAAUGCUAAGUGUAAAAAUGUUUGUUAUUAUUGCUGAGUAGAAGUUUAUACUGAGUUGCAAAAGGCAAAUAUUUUGGAGAAAUAAAACUAGAUUUGAAAGCA